AUGAGGACGGUCUUGCUCUUCGCCUGCCUGGUGGGGAUGUCCUGCGCCUUCUCGGUCAAGAGCUGGCUGCGGCGAGCCAAGUCGGAUGACUCAGAAGAAAACGCGGUGUUCAAGAACAGGCACCGGUAUUACCUGUACAGAUACGCCUACCUGCAUCCCCCGCAGCGAUGGUACCAGGGCAGUGACUCAUCUGAGGAAGAGGGGGACGGCUCAGAGGAGGAGGAAGAAGCGGGGAAGCCAUCCCAUGCUGGCACUGAGGCAGCUGGCCACCCUGCCGGAGCAGCCCCUGGGGACAGCCAGGACAGGCUGGGAGAUGUCGCAUCCCCCCAGCAGGGCUGCCAAGAGCCCCUGAAAGGGGGCAGGAACAGCGCUGCUGGCAAGGGGAGCGACUCUGAAAAUGAAGACAGUGAUGAGAAUGAGGAGGAGGAAGAGGAGGAGGAGGAAGAAGAAGUAGCUGAGAAUGAGAAUGGCAUCAACGGCACAAGCACCAACACCACUGAGGGGACAGAUGGACCUCAUGGCAAUGGCACUGCGGUGGCAGAGGAGCACGCUGGUGUGGCUGAGGAAGAGGAGGAGGAAGAAGAAGAAGAGGAGGAGGAGGAAGAAGAAGAGGAAGAGGAGGAGGAAACUGAAGUCACCACCAUCAUCAGCACCACCAGUGAAGAUGGGCUGUCCCAAGCAACCACCAUGGGAGAUGGGGGACUCACAGAUGCCACCACAGCUGGGGAGCAGUGGGAGUACGAGGUGACGGCAGGGGACCAUGGCCGGGGGGAUGAAGGCACCACUGCUGACAGCUACGGGGAGCAGGAAGAAUACGCCCGUGGGGACAGCUACCGGGCCUACGAGGAUGAGUACGGCUACUACAAGGGGCACGGCUACGACGUGUACGGCCAGGAUUACUACUACAGCCAGUAA